AUGUCUUUCGCCCUCCCAGACCACAUUGCGGAGCAAAUGCCCAAAGACGGUCACUACUGGUUGAUCGACGAAGGAGAAGCGGCGAGGCUCAGCGAGCUCCUUGAUGUUGAGUGGUCGUCCCUCCCCAUUGAUGGGUUCAUCUUCGACGGACCUAAACCGAGAUGCUUUAGAUGCGGAAAGCUCGGCGGUUUCGACGACCUGGUUGCAGCUGCGCUCAGAAGGGGCAUUCACACACAAUCAUUUAUUGUUGAGGCCCUUGUAGCUGGGCGAGACUCCCUCCCCCACGACGACGUGGACUGUUCCCACUGUGGGACCCAGUGGCUGCAAGCCCCAAAAUGGGUGACCAGAUCUGGAUGGCUCAUCUGGAAGGAACCCGAGCUUCGUACACGUCAUCGGCAUGGGCAGAAUAUGCACGGAGUCGAGCUGCCUGGCCAAGAAUCAAAUGCAGAAGAGAGAUUCGGAUUGGCUGGCCAGGGGUGCUUCUCUCACAGCCAACCAAAUUGGUGA